GCUUCAAAGCCCCUUUUCAUUCAUACAUAUAGUAGUGAACUCUGGGUAUUACUCUAGUUUCAUCAUGACAACAUCAAAGGUUCACUCUGAGCGCAGCAAGAAGCUUCACCAGCUCGCCAAGAAGACGAGCACGGUAAACCGCAACCGCAAGUCCCCACGCCUUUACAUGAAGGGAACGUUGGCCGGUUACACCCGUGGUCUUCAUGGGCAGGUCAAGAAGACGGCUCUCGUGCGCGUUGACAACGUCAACACUCGUAGCGACGCUGAUUGGUAUGUUGGAAAGCGUGUGUGCUACGUGUACCACGGCUACAAGGUGAAGCAUUGUGUGCGUUGGAGCAAGGCCCCUGCACGGCGCAGCAACACACGCGCCCUCUGGGGACGUGUAACUCGUCCCCACGGUAACUCUGGUAUGAUGCGCGUGAAGUUUAAUGGCGCGUCGGUUCCCGCGUCUGCCAUUGGCCGCCGCAUUCGUGUGUACUUGUACCCCAGUCGCAUCUAAAUCCUGCGAGUGGUGAAUGCAUAUUUGAGAACAGCUUCGAAGCAAAGGGUUGACUUUUUAGCUCUGAAUACUCUUUUUUAACAUUUUUUAAACUA